AUGGAUGAUGGUCUAAGUGCAAGCGAUCUGCGGCAGCGCUACGAACGUGGAGGCAGCGUGCGCGACUGUGACCUCAGUGCAGCCCAACUUCGCUCCAGAUAUGCAAUAGCUGGCAACACAUUUGAAAAACAACAAGCUGACUCUAAUGCUACGAUAAUCGUCGCGGUGAUAGUGGUCUUGGUCAUUCUUGCUGGUGGCGCGUACGCAUUCACUUGA